AUGGAUCUGAAGGAGAGCUGCCCCAGCGUCAGCAUUCCCAGCUCCGACGAGCACCGGGAGAAGAAGAAACGAUUCACUGUGUACAAGGUGCUGGUGUCGGUGGGCAGGAGCGAAUGGUUCGUGCUGCGGCGCUACGCGGAGUUCGACAAGCUCUACAACACACUAAAGAAGCAAUUUCCCACCAUGAACCUGAAGAUUCCAGCUAAAAGAAUAUUUGGAGAUAAUUUUGAUCCUGAUUUUAUUAAACAGAGAAGAGCAGGACUGAAUGAAUUCAUUCAAAAUCUAGUUAGACAGCCAGAGCUAUGCAAAAACCCGGAUGUCAGAGCAUUCCUUCAGAUGGAUAACCCAAAACACCAGUCAGACCCAUCUGAAGAUGAAGAUGAAAGAAGCUGUCAGAAGUUAAACUCUACCUCACAGAAUAUCAACUUGGGACCAUCUGGAAAUCCUCAUGCUAAACCAACAGACUUUGAUUUCCUGAAAGUGAUUGGGAAAGGCAGCUUUGGCAAGGUUCUUCUUGCUAAACGGAAACUGGAUGGGAAAUACUAUGCUGUCAAAGUGCUGCAGAAAAAAGUUGUUCUUAAUAGGAAAGAGCAAAAACAUAUUAUGGCUGAACGUAAUGUGCUGUUGAAAAACGUGAAACAUCCGUUCCUGGUUGGAUUGCAUUACUCAUUCCAGACAACAGAAAAGCUUUACUUUGUCCUGGAUUUUGUGAACGGAGGAGAGCUGUUCUUUCACUUACAAAGAGAGCGUUCCUUUCCUGAGCACCGAGCCAGAUUUUAUGCUGCUGAAAUAGCCAGUGCACUGGGCUACUUACACUCCAUAAAUAUUGUGUACAGGGAUUUGAAGCCAGAAAACAUUCUCCUAGACUCACUAGGCCAUGUCGUAUUGACAGACUUUGGACUUUGUAAAGAAGGGAUUGCAAGUUCUGACACCACUGCAACUUUCUGUGGGACACCAGAGUACCUUGCACCAGAAGUCAUUAAGAAGCAGCCCUAUGACAACACAGUAGACUGGUGGUGCCUUGGUGCAGUUCUUUAUGAAAUGCUGUAUGGGCUGCCUCCUUUUUACUGCCGUGAUGUUGCUGAGAUGUAUGAGAAUAUUCUUCAUAAGCCCCUAGUUCUGCGCCCAGGAAUCAGUCUUACAGCCUGGUCUAUUCUGGAAGAACUUCUGGAGAAGGAUCGGCAAAGCAGGCUCGGAGCAAGGGAAGACUUUCUUGAAAUUCAGAAGCACCCGUUCUUUGAAUCUCUCAGCUGGACUGACCUGCUUCAGAAGAAGAUUCCACCACCUUUUAACCCGAACGUGGUUGGACCAGAUGAUAUUGGGAAUUUUGAUUCAGUGUUUACAGAAGAAAUGGUCCCGUACUCAGUCUGUGUUUCUUCCAAUUUCAACAUUGUCAAUGCCAGUGUCCUGGAGGCGGACGACGCGUUUGUUGGGUUCUCCUACGCGCCCCCUUCUGAGGACAUGUUCUCCUAGGGGCUGAGGAGCCGGCAGCGGUGGGGUUACGGACACCCUCCGUGGCAGCACAGCUACUGCCUCCUGCUGUAUGUAGGUGUGAACCACGAUCAAACUUUCUCUGCUGUAUAGGAGGAAUUUGGGCAUUUUGGAUGGUUUGCUUUGGGGAGUGAACUGUUUGUUCCUGCUGCAGAAAAUAUUUUUUAAAACCUUUUAAAAGCAUUCUCUACAUAUUUUUUAAGCAAAAACACUGACUGUUCUCAUCAGUCCCUUCAAGUUUACAUUCGUACCUUUCUAAGAUUUGGCUGGCACAAACAGCAGCAAAUUUAGUAAACUUAUAAAUGCCUUUGUACCUAUUUACAGUGACUUGUGCUUGAAUUGUAACUAUGCAAAUUGUCUUUUGUAUAUCCUGGUUUAAAGAAGGUAAAUGUUUUCCCUGUUGUAUCAUUUUGAAAUGUAUGGUAAUUUACCUGUCAGCACUUAAAUGAGGGUUUAAUAAGUUAAGACCAACGUUCUUAAAGGACUUCACACAGAAUGAAAAGUUGGUAAUGGAAAACUGGAUUCUUGUGCUUGCUGUAGCAC